ACGUGAUACUUUAUCACAGAAAGAGAUGAAGCUGCAGAAGUACCUCUUGCGAAACACCUGCAAUGGCAAUUUAUUAAAUUUUUUUCUGCUUUUACUCUUAUACGUUCCUUCUGUGCUUACGUGUCCGAGGAAUAAUAAUAAUAAUAAUAAUAGGCCAAGAGAAUACGAAGGGAGAAUUUUUAUUGCAUCUCCUAAAAAAUUAUCUUUAGAUAGAAACGAAAGGAUAUCCGUAAUAGCCUAUAAUGUUCCUGACAAUGAAGUAAUGGACGUUACAAUAAAAGAUUUUCCUGGAAUGACAAAAAUAUUUUCAUCUAAGAGAGUUUCUUUAAAAAAUGGAGUUCCAGUUUUUAUGGACUUUAAUUUACCUUCUAAUGAAAUUUUGAAGUAUAUGGAAACUAAUAUAUUUGGUAUAUUAUACUUGAAUGUUUAUGUGGAAGCUAAAAUAGGAAACAAGUUUGAGAGCAUUAUGAAAGUACCUGUUGCCUAUAGUAAAGGAUAUGUUUUUCUUCAAACGGACAAACCAAUUUAUAACCCACAACAAACAGUACAAAUUCGAAUUAUUGCACUAAACGAGAAGCUGUUACCUGAAAACAAUGAAGUUCGAGUGCAAAUAAAGAAUCCUCAAAAUAUUAUUGUUCAAGAAACCCUUUUUAGAGAGCCAUGGAAACAAUCCUCUGGUCAGUUUCCUAAAAUGAAUUUUACCUUUCCACCAUUCUCCAUGUUAGGACAAUGGAGAAUAGAAGCCUCGUAUGGAAUUAGAUUUCAGAGACAAACGUCUGUGUCAUUUCACGUUGAAGAAUACACAUUACCAACAUUUGCUGUGAAGCUUCGAGUGCCAAGCGCGAUAUUGUCUAAAGAUGAAAAAAUUGAUAUUACUGUACAGGCUGAGUUAACAUCAUUUGUUAUGAAACUAUUUUGUCAAGCCAGCAAACUAAUUUAUGUAGACGAAAAUGUAAUCUGCAAAGGAAUGCAGUGGAUAAUUUCUAAUCAAAACUCUGAUGGCUCAUUCGAGGAUCCUUAUCCUGUUAUAAGAAGAGAUAUAAUGCACGGAAGCGACGGAAAAGUCCCCAUGACUGCAUUUGUUCUAACCGUACUGCAACAAUGUAAAUGUAGUUCAGUAAAUAUAAAUAAUGCCCGUCUGAAAGCGAAAUCAUUUUUGGAAAAGCAGUUUGAAUCUAUAAAUGAUUCAUAUGUUAUGGCAUUAACUGCUUACGCACUCGCAGCAACAAAUAGUCAAAAUAAACAUCAAGCAAACGAAAAACUUCUGAAGAUGUCAACAUUCGAUGAAGAAUUAAAUCAAAGAUAUUGGGCUAAAUCUUCAAAAACUGAAUCGAUAGAAAUUACUUCGUAUAGUCUUUUGACUCAGCUGGAAUUAACAAAUAUGUCAACGUCCCUCUCAAUUGUCAAUUGGUUGAAUACACAACGACUCGAUGGAGGAUACUUCCCUUCUAGUCAG